GGUAAAGAUGCGUGUUCAAGAUGAUAUGAUUUCACUUUAACAUAAAAUUGGAUGUUUAAGGACACACAAUGUUAUUAUUGGGAAUACUUGUUUUAAGCUAUUUUGGGGCGGUCAUUGGACAAGCCCCGAAGUGGUUCAACGAAUGUGUUGGAUACGGUUGUGGAGCCACAAAGUACCGUCACAAGCGAUGUGAGGCUAAACCCGACUACAAAGACCUUCUCAAAUGCGUAAACCAAGCCGACUUUGUGCACGUGACCUUCAAGGGUUCCGGGAAGAUUAAACUCCCCGCCUCUAUAAAGCCCAGACGGGGAUUGAUUCUUGACGGAUCAGGACGGGAUAUUACAAUUACGGGGGAGUCAAUCCAACUGGUCAGCGAUUCGAUUGUGUACAGAAUCAACUUUGACACCGGGAAGGACGAUGGGUUGAAACUGCGUGGAAAGUACAAGAACGCCUGGAUUCAUCGAUGUUCAUUCCGUAACUAUGACGACGGGUUGGUUGAUAUCACUAAAGGGUUCAGUCACGUGACUGUGUCGAAUUCUAAAUUCGCUGACCAUGAUAAAACUAUGCUAAUAGGCGCUAGUGAAAAGGACGUUGGUGACGUAAAAAUGCGAAUUACACUCCAUAGCAACUACUUCAUCAAUUGUCGUCAGAGGCUGCCAAGAGUCAGAUAUGCUUCGGUCCACGUUUUCAACAAUUUCUUCCAAGACUGGGGUCUGUAUGCAGUCGGAUCGAGUCAGAAAGCGUACGUUCUUCUCGAAAACAACUACUUCAAAAUCAGCGACAAAAAGCGCGCGAAAACUGCACAUGAGACCGAACCACGUGGUGAAGACAAAUAUAGUGGGUAUCUCAGAGCUGAAGGAAAUUACUACACUACGGGGAUCAAAGGAAAGACAAACAAGAGUAGCCGCGUAUCUUAUGUACCAUACAAGUAUAAAAUGAUGAAGGCUGAUAAGAAGAUGAGCGUGGCGAUUAAAGCAGGCGCUGGGUAUAAAUCUAAAUGAGAGCGGAUGUCAUAAUUUCAGCUUAAUAACACGAAGGCGUCUCAAAUAAACAUUCAUUUCAAAUGUCAAACCAAACUUUUAUUUAAUAAAGAUUAAGAAUU